ACUCCCUCAGUACGUCUCUCUCUACCGGGUAAGGGUGUGAUCUUUGAUUCUGUUGCUGUCUCUGCCAUUUUUGCGACCCGCUGUAAUCAUGUCCGAUUUCCGACACUUCUCCAAAUGGGACGCCGUUGAAAUCAUCCAUGAUUCUUCCAUCUACUUCCCCGCCACUGUCAUCCGCUCGCCGGCCAAGACCAGAACCCACCUCUACGUCGAGUACCAAACCCUAGCCGCCUGCAAGAACCGGCCCGACCGGCUCAAGGAGUUCGUCGAAGUCGGAAGCGUGAGGCCUGCGCCGCGUCCGGAACCUAACAGGACCUUCGUUCUCAGCGACGCCGUCGACGCUUAUCGCGAAUAUGGCUGGCGGAGAGGCACCGUUGUGGGUAUCUUAGUGAACGCCAAGUACUUGGUGUUGUUCGAGGGUUCGGAGCAGCAGGUUCAAUUCGACCACAGCGAUUUGCGGCUUCAUCGAGAAUGGAACAGUGGGGUUUGGAACCCGCCGUUCGAAGAACCGAGGUCCGAGUUGGUGUUGAAGCCAGGAGAGUCAAACUUGAAAUUCAAGAUCAAGUGUGCUAAAAAAAAUGUAGAACCAAUGUUCAAGAAGGGGACAGUGGUGGAGGUCAAAAGUAUUGAAGAUGGUUACCAUGGUUCUUGGUACGCUGCAGUCAUUGUUGACUCAAUAGGGAAGAACCAGUUCUUGGUUCAGUACCAGACACUGAUGACAGAGGAUGAAACUGAAUUCCUUAAAGAGAAGGCAGAUGCUUUGGAUAUUAGACCAUUCCCUCCCAUUAUGCAAAGGACUGACCGUUUCAAACUUUCUGAGAAAGUUGAUGCUUGGUAUAACGAUGGUUGGUGGGUCGGUCUCAUUUCCGAAGUUCUUGACGGUGCAAAGUAUGCAGUCUACUUCUGGAGCACAAAUGAGGAAUUAGAAUUUGAACAUUUUAAUCUGAGGCCUCAUCAAGAUUGGAUGCAUGGAAAAUGGUUUGCUGACUUCAUGUCGAAGUCAUCUGAGUCGCCUCCGAAACCCAUGCCAGGAAGGUUCAAGGGGCAAAAUGGUUUAAAAAUAGCAGAGAAAAAUUACUUUUCUGUGGGAAUGAAGGUUGAAGUUAGAAGUGAGGAAAAAGGUUUCAUAGGCUCCUGGUACCCGGCAGUCAUCGCCGGGCCUAAAAAUUUUAGUAAAUAUAUGGUGCAGUACAAGACACUGAAAAACGAAGAUAGGAUGGAACCACUUAAAGAAGAGGCUGAUGCUGCAUGCAUCAGGCCUUGCCCUCCUCUAAUUCAACGGAGUCUUCGCUUUGAACCACUUGACAAAGUUGAUGCCUGGUAUAAGGAUGCAUGGUGGGUUGGUGGAGUCUGCAAAGUUUAUGACGGCUCAAACUAUAUAGUCUAUCUCAGGGGCACUAACCAGGUGUUGGAGUUUGAACAUUCUGACUUGAGGCCUCAUCAAGAUUGGAUUGAUCGAAAUUGGGUUACUCUUUGAAAGGGUGGGAACUCGUAAUUGUUGGUAUAAAGUAUAUGAAUGGUUGCUUUUAUGGCAGCUGGCAACCAUUUUGUGGAGAUUUCAAUGAAGGGUGGGAAGUCAUAAUUGUUGAUAUAAAGUACAUGAGCUUGCAACCAUUUUGUUGAGAUUGCAGUCGUCAAACAUGGAUGAUGAAUCGCUGGCAACUUUCUGAUCCAUAUAUAAAUAUAUAUGAACUGGGUACAUGAAGUUUUUGACCCUGGCUUAAACAUCUGUUAAGAAGCCUCUCUAUAAUGAUCUGCUGGAACUCCGAAGACUCUUGUAAUGAAGAAGAUGCAUUUAUCUGGUUUUGUAUAGCUGAGCAACAGUAAUCUAUGUUAGGUACUCCUGGUUUAAGCUUGCUUGUA